GGCUCGCGCUCGUCGCAGAGCCCCAGCGCACCCGAGCAGGUGCAGUCGUUCCGCUCCGACUCGGACCGCUCCCGCCGCGGCGAGGUGCAGUCCUUCCGCUCCGACUCGGACCGCUCGCGCCAGCGGUCGCCCGCCGGCGCCGCGUCGCCCACCGGGCCCUCUGACGCCGGCACGCCCGCUUCGCGCAGCGGCGCCAGCGGAGGCCUCCUUGGCGCGGUGGCCGCUGCUGGUGCCUCGGACGAGGAGUCCGUCUCGAUGGAAGAUUCGGGAGCCUCUGACAUCGAACUCCUUGGGGAUGCUGCCGCGCCGGGCGGUGGCGCCGGCGCUGGCGCUGGGGGGGUCCAGGCCGCCAGCCGCGGCGCGUCGCCGGCGGCCCCGCGCGGCGGCGGCGCGGCGGAGGACGUGGACGAGCUGGAGUCCAUCGCGGAGGACGUCAGCGUCCACAGCUCGAUCGAAGGCUACCCCGAGUCCGACGCGAACCGCAGCCACGAGGAGGCAUCCGGCGACUGA